CUACUCCGUAGUCGGGCGCUAGCCAUCAUCUGUGGAGGGUGUGCGUCACACCUUCAAGCAAACCGAAACUUUCUUACGUCAAAUCAAUGGAUAUAACCUAACAAAUCGCGAGUUACAUUAUAAAAUGUGAUUUCCUCUCACAAUUCCAUAUGGGUUAAGUGUUUAUGUGACGUGAUAUUUACCAAUAAUGUGAAUUAGUUCAGUGCAGUGGUUAUAAAAAACCAAGUUAUGAGCAUUCAAAAGUGUCUUUUGGAUAACUCCAGUAGGAUGAUAAAGGCAAUGUCAAAUGCUAAGUCGUCUAACAAUGAAGUUAAAACGGGCGUGCAAAGUGGUCUCAGGAAAAUCGGUCUGGCGAUGCUGACGCUGUCAAUGCCGAUGAUUGAUGAUAAAAAGAAAAAAACCACACGUAGCUGGAUUGAAAGCACCUUCCAUAAACGCGAGUGUAAAUGCUUCGUUGCCAGCGCCAAGGACGAGCAUGUAUGUUGGUGUGGUCUAAGCAAGACCGCGCACGGUGCUAAUAUCCCUAUUGGCCCCGUUGGUGAAGCAUGGGUGCCCAUAAAGCAUACUCAGCCAUCACCAACAGAUGCCUAUGGUACGGUGGAGUUCCAGGGAGGACCACACCCUACGAAGGCACAGUAUGUCCGUCUAUCACACGAUACACGACCGGAGCUAAUAGUCCAACUGCUUACACGCGAAUGGGCGUUGGAAAGGCCAAAACUGCUCAUCACCAUCCAGGGCGGGAAGGCCAACUUCGACCUUCAACCCAAACUGAAGAAAGUGUUGAGGAAAGGUCUUCUGAAAGCGGCGAAGACCACAGGCGCCUGGAUAUUCACUGGAGGCACCAACACAGGUGUGACCCGGCAAGUCGGUGACGCUCUGCAGUUGGAGAGGUCACAGCGCGCUGGUCGCGUGGUCAGCAUUGGUAUAGCGCCCUGGGGCAUCGUUGAGGGCGCUAAUGAACUCAUUGGAAGAGGAAGAGACGUCCCCUACCAUGCUAUGGCAUCACCGAGAUCGAAACUGGCGGUACUGAACAACCGCCAUGCCUACUUCCUACUUGUGGACAAUGGUUCAGUGGGGAGAUAUGGAGCUGAGAUCGUAUUAAGGCGAAAACUAGAAAAGUACAUCGCUGCACAAAAACUUCAUCCGUAUACCCAUUCGUCUACUCCAGUCGUGUGUUUAGUAAUAGAAGGUGGAACAAACACAGUGCGCGCUGUGCUCGAAUACGUCACUGACACACCACCAGUUCCUGUUGUGGUGUGCGAUGGAAGUGGGCGAGCUGCUGACCUCAUAGCAUUCGUGCACAAGUAUGCAUCAGAAACGGGGGAACAGACUGUCCUGGAGUCGAUGCGUGAUUACCUCAUAAGCACCAUACAGAAGACGUUCGAAGUGGGCUUGCAGCAAGCGGAGUGCUUGUACAGCGAACUACUUCAGUGUACGAGAAAGAAGAAUCUGAUCACGGUCUUCCGUAUCCAAGAACGCGCAGAAGGUGGCGAAGUCCAGGAGCUAGAUCAGGUGAUAUUGACGGCAUUGUUCAGAGCUCAACAUCUGUCGCCAAGUGAGCAGCUGUCUCUUGCUCUUACUUGGAAUCGAGUGGAUAUUGCAAGAUCCGAGAUCUUCGUGUACGGACAGGAAUGGCCUCGAGGUGCACUUGACGAAGCCAUGAUGCAGGCGCUUGAACACGACAGGUUAGAUUUCGUGAAGUUGCUUCUGGAGAAUGGAGUGUCGAUGAGGAAAUUCCUGACAAUUCCACGUUUAGAAGAGCUUUAUAACACUAAAAGUGGGCCCAGUAAUACUCUGCAGUAUAUUCUGAGGGAUGUGAGACCCCAUUUGCCCAGAGGAUAUGUGUACACUCUUCAUGAUAUUGGGCUAGUCAUCAACAAACUCAUGGGAGGAGCUUACAGGUGCUACUACACACGGCGCAAGUUUCGUCCCAUUUACGCGAAGGUGAUGAACAAGAGUGUGAAUGUUCACCGGAAUAGUGCUUCCUUCACUCGUCACAACGCUGGUGGCCUGUCACUCAUCACUGGCUUCAUGCCUGUCACCACAGAGAUGGCGCUAUUCGAUUAUCCUUUCAACGAACUUUUGAUGUGGGCAGUUUUGACUAAGCGGCACCAGAUGGCGUUACUAAUGUGGACGCACGGGGAGGAAGCUCUUGCCAAGUCUCUGGUAGCAUGUAAGCUUUACAAGGCCAUGGCUCAUGAGGCAGCUGAAGACGAUAUGGAGACGGAAGUAUAUGAGGAACUACGUCAUUACGGAAAGGAGUUUGAGACCAAAGCACUGGAAUUGUUAGAUUACUGUUAUCGACAAGACGAUGACCAAGCACAGCAACUCCUUACAUGUGAACUCCAGAAUUGGUCAGGUCAGACUUGUCUAAGUCUUGCUGUAGCCGCUAAUCACAGAGCUCUACUGGCUCAUCCCUGUUCUCAAAUAAUCCUAGCUGAUCUGUGGAUGGGGGGCCUUCGAACCCGCAAGAACACCAACCUAAAGGUAAUACUGUGCCUGCUGUGUCCACUCUACAUACUCCAACUGGAGUUCAAGUCGAAGGAAGAGCUGCAGCUGAUGCCGCAGACUGAGGAGGAGCAUUUGGAAAACGAGAGUAUAGAGGAUGAUAGAAGCACAAAGGACCCGAAUGACGCUGAGCAGGCGUUGAUUGGCUCAGGGGCCGAAUGCGAGACCCGUGUAGAUCAAAAUGGGAAAGUCGGUAAAAUAGGCUGGGAACUGUCAUACAGAGAGCUUCCUGAAUAUCACGCGCCUGAAGACAAGAGGAUGAGACCUCUACGACUUAGGAAGAAAAUCUAUGAGUUUUUUACGGCGCCGAUUACAAAGUUCUGGGCGGAUUCGAUCGCAUACAUAUUGUUCCUACUGAUGUUUACAUAUACAGUAUUAGUCAAGAUGAGUCACACACCAUCUUGGCCUGAAAUUUAUUCUAUUUGUUAUAUUAUAACGUUCUUAUGUGAGAAAAUUAGGGAAAUUAUUACGUCCGAACCUGUUGCUAUUAGACAUAAGUUCAGUGUAUGGGCAUGGAACAUGUGGAAUACGUAUGACGCUGGUUUUAUAAUAUUCUUCCUCGUGGGCCUGACGCUGCGCCUACGCCCCAGUUCUAUGGACGUUGGCCGAGUCAUAUAUUGUGUAGACAUUAUUUAUUGGUAUUUAAGGAUAUUGAAUAUUUUGGGUGUUAAUAAGUAUUUAGGUCCUCUAGUCACAAUGAUGGGAAAAAUGGUUAAGAAUAUGAUAUACUUCGUGGUGCUAUUACUAGUGGUAUUGAUGUCAUUUGGAGUGGCCAGACAAGCUAUUUUAUAUCCAGAUAAAGAAGCCAGUUGGUAUUUAAUUAGAGAAAUAUUCUACCAACCCUACUUCAUGUUGUAUGGCGAGGUAUUCGCUCCCGACAUUGAUCCUCCUUGCGGAAUGGAUGUCGGUGAUAGCAAGUGUGUCACUGGCCGGUGGAUCACUCCAAUCGCGAUGACCAUCUACCUUCUCGUCGCAAACAUCUUACUCAUAAACCUCCUUAUAGCAGUGUUCAAUAAUAUAUUUAAUGAAGUCAAUGAAGUCUCGCACCAGGUGUGGAUGUUCCAAAGAUUCACUGUGGUAAUGGAGUACGAACAAAAGCCGGUACUACCACCUCCAUUGAUAACGUUCUGUCACAUUUACGCGACUUGCAAAUGGGUCACAAGGAAUGUGUCACACAAGAGGUUUCAGUAUGACAACGGACUGAAGCUGUUCCUGGAAAAAGAGGAUAUGGAGAGGCUAUAUGACUUUGAGGAGGAGUGUGUUGAAGGCUAUUUUAGGGAACAAGAAAUAAAAUUAUCCAACUCUUUAGAAGAGAGAGUUAGAAAUACGACGGACAGAGUAGAGCAUAUCACGACCAAAAUGGAAGACUUAAAUCAAAAAGCUAAUUGCCAAAUACAAUCAGUCCAGAGCGUAGAGUUUAGGUUAAGAAAGCUAGAAGACGUGGCGGAACAGACAAUGAAUCACUUAGCGGUGAUACAUCGUUUCAUGGCGACACAUCCCUCCCUCGUCAAUCGCGGCUCCACUGACACCCUGGGACCACCCCCUCCCACCUUCCAAGCCUGCGGAGCUAGGCUGAGGACCGCCAGCGACCGGUCUGAGGUGCUGUCUGACAGCGACACGGGCGCAGCGCGCUUCAUCGUCCGUCCCGUACAAGAGGAGGACGAGGUCUCACAGCCCUCCGACGAUGAACUUCCGCAAUCUGGGCCGGAAGUUGUCGCUGUGAAGGAACCGGAACCGGAUUCUACAUCCACCUCUUCCGGCGCAAGCGUUGCGGGGCCUGACGUGACAGUUGUCAAACCAACGGUGAUUACUCCAGCACGUCAACGGUCAUCUGACAGCAACAGAACAGAACCCAGUGAUGAUAAGAAAGUGCCAUCAUCAAAUGAUGACGCUUUCUUACCGGAAGUGCGUGAAAUUCCGCCGGAUAACAACAGCCUUCGUCCACGUACCACUUCCGCUGGCACACGCCGCACUGCAAACGCCCGACGGCGAUCUGAGGGCGGAAAUGAUUGCGGAAUGGGAGGCCCGCAUUCCUCUCAUCAUCUGGCACCCAGAAGACAACACAGCCAGACCCAUUCUGAGCCAGACAAUUCUGCAGUAGAUGCCGGUUCUGUACACAAUUCUUUAACAGGUCGUCAGUCAGGCUGGGAGGCAAAUGGGGCAACCGGUGCACCGUCAACUAGAUCCCGUGUGGGUGGAGCACCGCGCUCUCUUCUUCUUGCAAUGCACGAAUACACCAGCAUCACAGACGAAUUGGAAACCGUGUAUGGACUGUUUUCACCACCGCAUACACCAAGAACUCCAAUAGCAACGCGCCUGCUCUCGCCCGCCCGCCCCACGUCACCAUCAGUUCGCCGGCGACACGCUAGUGAGAUGUCCAAUCCAGAGUUCGCCCUCUUCAUGGAGAAGGAGCAUCUACGUGGUGCUGAGGAAGAUGACUACAACAUCAUGGAGAAUCUGAUACAGCGUCGCCUAGAAAUGGAGUCUGUCCUGGGCAGAUUCGAGGAAGAGGAGGCCGGUGGAGAGGGGGAGGUGAGCGGCAUCAGCAUCAGCGUCUGCGUCAACACCAGUGGGGAGGAAACCCGGCAACAGCCUCCCGCUAACACCACGCUACUCACUGUCACUGACAGGCGCUUGCCGCACCAGAGGCACUCUCUUCGUAGAGCGUCGGCUAUAGAUACCCGUGACUUGCCUUCACCUCUGCAACCACUGCUGGGAGAAGAUGGCUGCGGAGAUGUCCUCUUACCCGUACCGAGACAGCCUUCUGGCGACACAAACGCGUCGAGCGAUUUAUCACUAUCGCACAUGGUCAGUGAAAACCUCCCUCCUCGACCAUCAAUUGUCCUCGAUUCGUCUCAACUUCCGAGACAACGUUCAGCCGAACAACCACAGCAACCGCAGCCACCCGGGCCAUCACGGCCAGAGACAAUGUGUUAGGAAUAACCGGUAAUUCUCCGAUCAUUUUACCGGUGAAUAGAACCGAAAUAUCGUUAAAGCAUGCUGAAAACGCGCGGCAUUUUUUUACUUUUAAAUAUAAAUUGUUAUUUAAAAAAAGUAUUAUAAUAUAGAAGGAGUAAAAGAUUUCAGAUUUUUUAAGAUGUUUUCAAAGAAAAAAUUUAAGAAUUUCGCAUAAUCAAUUUGUACUUUGAAAAGCUGGUUCACAAUCACAUCACUAUGAAUUUGAAAAACCUGUUCAUGUUUGUAAAUUUCUAUUUUAACCUUUAAAUAUAAUAAUAUUUACAUAAUAUUUAUUAAAUCUUUGUAUCGGUAACAUGUGGGAAAUGUAUUUUGUCAUUUGUUUUCGAUGUUGACAAGUGACAAGACGAUAUUGUUGCGCAAUGCGGCGAGAUAGAAACUACGAAAUUAUUUUCAUGACCUCAAUUCAAAAAUCUUUACAAUCGACUGAUAUGUCGUUUUUAUAUUAAUUACACUACGAAUUCACGUGCUUCUUCAUACUGAAAAUCCUGAUUUUACUAUGCUCACACAGCAAAAAAGAACGUGUACAAUUGCCCAGUUGAGUAUACCUCAUUUCGAACACACCAUUUAACAAUUCAAUUUCCUCUCAUUUUCCAUUCAAAUUAAAAAAUGAGGCCGUACCACGUAGGACUGUGAAAUACUAGAAUUAAUAUUGCUGUGAAGCUAUAAAUUUCGCCGUUUUGCAGUGAGCACGAACAGUUUAUACCCCGAAAGAUGUACAUGCCACAUCAGAUGCAGGAAAAUGUAUCUUAUUGGGAUGUGUUAAGGCAUAUUUUAGUAUGCAUUUAAGCGAUGUAAUAGUUGUAAUAGUGACAAGCGUUUCAUUUCCCAUCUACGUGCUAGAUUAGUGAUAGGAUGUUUAAUGAUCUAUAAAGUUUAUCCUAACGCCAUCUCAUACAAGUCUUUUGAUAUAUAUAUGUUUAUUAGCACCCGAAACACAUAUGUUUCUGGUACAAGAAUAUGCAUAGAAACCCAAUAUUGAAUUACAUUCGAUUGUCCGAAUUUAGGUUUCAAAUUGAAGUAUUUCCGAACCAAUUCGACUUAGGGUCUUUCAAGGAAAGAUCGUUCCCAUUAUUAAAAGGCCGGCGACGCACUCGCGAGCCCUCUGGUAUUGAAAGUGUCCAUGGCGUCCUUCCCGUUUGCCCCCUGUUCUAUAAUAAAAAAAAGAACUUCCCAGAACACAGGUGGGCGUUAUCUAUAAUAAUAAUAGCAUUUUAUUUCAGAUAAUUUUACACUUAAACACAUAAUAUACAUUUCUAUCUCAUUCUUAAUAGGUAUCCCAUUCUUGGCAAAGGCCAUUAAAUCCCGCCAUUCCUGUCUGCACUGUGAAACUCUGUUUCCACCACCUGCUGUUUCGUUAAUUUGGUCUAUCCACCUUCAAUAUCGUCUUCUUUUUUUAUUUAUUGUACCUUGGGCACUAGUGUAGCACUUUUAUAUAAUAUUAAGCAUGAUUUGGACACAUACAUAAUUUAUUUACAAUAUAUUUGCAAAAUGCAUCAUUUGUUUGCAACUGAAAGCAUAUUGAAUUACUGUCAAAUUGUCAUUGUUAUGCAACCUCGUACAUUGUUGUCACAAACAUUCACAUUAACCAAACAUUAUGACGUUUCCGUUUCUAAUCACACAUAAACCUUUAUUUACAGCUGUAUUUUUUAAACCCCAUUAAUUUUUAGUUUUUAUAUACGCAUUCCGUUAUAACAGUUAACAAUUACCUUUUUUAUUUAAUCUGUGGUUUCGUUUCUCGUUUCUAAUCUUUAAAAUCUAUUACAUCAAGUCAAGUCAAAUCAUCUGAUUGAAAAGGCAUUUUUGAAAGUCAAAAUUACAAAUAAAGAAUUUAAUAAAAAAAUACUCGUUCCAAAAGGUUACAAAUGGAGAAGAAUGGGCAAGAAACUCCAUAGGUACUUACUUUUUUAAAAUAUUUUGUAUACAUUGAUUUGAUAAUUAUAUGUGAAAACCUUGUACGUAGAACGAAAAAAACUACUUUACUAAAGUAAAAUAGGUGCAUAGUUAAAACAAUGCAUUAGAUAACUGAAUUAUUGUUAUAUAUAGUGCUCACAUAUUUACAAAUAUUGCAACUAUAGAUUUUCAUUACUCUUUAUAAAAAGAGAAAUAAUUAACAUACAGUCAAACAGAGUGUGCGCUAGGUCAGAGUUGAUUUCUUUUAAAAAAACAAAAAAUAUUAUUGUCUUUGAAAUUCAUAUUUUAUCUGAAAGUUUUAUUAAAUUUAUUAUAAAAAAAAUUAUUCCUAAUGGGCAAGUAGACUAUCAGCUUUCCGUACCAGACACACGCCGUCAAAAUAGACGACUAUAGAUCCUAGUAAAUACUAGGCUCACCCUCUUAGCAUGACUGAUACAGAAAUCUGGAAACCUAAAAUGGUGGUAGCGCCACAGAUUUUUUUUAUUUAUGUUAUAUAUCACUAUUGUGAAUGAAUUUACAUUUGCUUUUACAAACUCUGUAAACAUUAAUAUGUUCGCUGUUUGAAUCUGAAAUUGUUAUUUUAUUAAUUCAACUUUUACCGUCUAUCUAGGUUCAAGUUUUGAACUCCAUUUUCAAUCUUUUUAAUUAAAAACAAACAUUGCAUGGAACUUUGCGAAGUAAACUUCGAUUUUUACAGGCGGUAUUUGAGCUGAUACUAGAGAUUUAAAUUGCCAAAAGUUUGAUUGUAACAGUAAAUCAAUAUGAAUUAAAUAUGAAUUGUGUUUUUAAUUAAUAAACUGUUAAAAUCUCUCUUAAAAUAAAUAGCACUGAGGCUUACAAACAAAAUCUAUGUUGAAUUUAACAAACGAAGUGAACGGUAUUUAUUGAAUUUUUUUGGUUCACGGAUUAUUAUUGCUUUUUUUUAAUGAACUUCGAAUUAAAUUAAAUCUACGAUUUGUUAUUAUAUUUUUGACACACGUAUGUUUUUUAAUGAAUUUACUAUUGGUAUAAAGAUUUUGCAAUUAAUAUUAUAAUGCAAACUUACAAAAUCUGUAAGAAUAUAUCUACGGCAUUUGUUUUGAUGAUUGUUUAUUUAUUUUAUUAUGUACUUACGUGCUUUUGUACUUAGUGAAGUGAGCCAGCUUGUAAUAAAAUAAUCCGCAUCUCAUUUUAUAAUUAUUGUACGGACUUGUAUAGAAUAUAAAUGUUGGACAAUACAAUAUAUGUGAGAUGUAAAUAAUGUCGAGAAGUAUUUGAACUGAGAAAAUAUUCACCUU